UGAGGACUUUUAGUUUGAAUUUAUGACGUAAAUUCAAACUGAGGACUUUUAGUUUGAAUUUAUGACGUAAAUUCACCGGAAGUUUAUCGUUAAUGAGUACUUCUUUUGGCAAAACAACGGAAAAAAAAAACCAAACCCCAGCCUUCCGGGUAGAUCAAUAUUAAACUAAUUAAACGCGUUUUAGUGUCUAUUACUUUUUUACUAGUUUUAAAGCUAAGUAGCUAACGUUGUAAAGGAGCUCGCUGUGUCGCUCAGACAGUAGGAUGAAAUGGAGUGUAGAGUGCUAGCAGUGAUUCCUCUGACCCGUUGGUUUAGCAGUUAGCAGUCGGUGUGUGUGUGUUAAAGUCGCCGGGAUGCUGCAGGGCCCGUAUGGCGGCACUGACCGCGAUAAACCGCUCGUCCGGCUGCCCUUCACUAUAUUCAUUUUAGGAACUGUGAGUCUGCCUUUCUUCGGCUUCAUCACCUGCGUCGUACUUUCACUUAUUUAUCACUUCAACGAAGCCACCUACACUCACUGCCAGGUCAACAACUAUCUCCCAUCCAUUAGUGCAGCCAUUAGCCUCACACCACAGCGCUACAUCUGGCGCUUCUGCGUCGGCCUGCACUCGGCCCCACGCUUCCUGAUAGUAGUGACUUACUUCAGCUUUUACAGAGGGCGAUUUUCCAGGCAGAUUGCGGAGCAGGUCCUGAGCGUCGUCACUCUCCUCUGUGGUGUAAGCGAGAACGCAGGACUGCUGAUACUUACCUACGUGUGUUCUACUGAAACCUACAAUCUUCAUAAAAACGGCUUCAUCACAUUCAUCGCCAGCUCUAUCCUCCACAUGCUCUGUACCUGCAGGUUGUGGUACGUGAUUAAGAAGUCCCCCCUUAGCUCUGAGGAGAUGACGUCAUACCGCUGCAAGGUCCGCCUCUUCCUCUUCAACGCUAUCGUAGCGUUGGUUGCUUUUUACUUCUUCAGGCGCCAUAACAAGUAUUGUGAACCAGGAAUUUACACACUCUUCGCUCUGUGUGAGUACCUGAUCGUGCUCUCCAACAUGGCCUUCCAUCUGACAGCCUACUGGGACUUUGGAAGUAAAGCGGUGAUGGUGGCAGUGCCACUGGAGAGCAAACACAUCUGACUGUUAUUUAACAAACACGUGAACCUAGAACCACAUUUACAUGGAACCAACUGUGCAUUGAAAUGUAUAGAACCAUUAUUCUUGUGCUGAAGUAUGUGCGUGCGCACCAUUUUUAAAAUGUCCUUAGAGUGUUUAUAACAUAGCCAAACAUCAUAUAUAUAAAAUGGUUCUUUUUUUUUUUUUCCUAAACUGUACUGUAUCAGUGAUUUUUCUGUGUACAAAGGUUUUGUGAUUAUUUGCACAGGUUUUUAAAUGUUAUAAUGUUGUAUUUAAAACUCCUGAAAAGGAAGAGCUGCUCAAGUUGCAAAUUGAAAUUAUACGGUUGAUCAGUUUUAAUCUUUUAAUAAUAAUCCAAAAGAUAUGUUGUACAUCUGCGGUGAGCAGCAUUGAAAGGAAGCGCUUUCUGUACUUUAUUUUAUAUUUGGGAUUAUAUCCUUCAUCAAAAACUUCCCGUGCAGGGAUUGGCCAAGGAUGGGUCACGUGACAUAAAAUAGUCCCACCAUUGAUUAAGCAAUGUAUCUUUCAUGGAUGCAAACGGCGCACCGUUUGGCGGAUGCCGCCUUUUUCACGGCUGUCUGGGGGACUUGUGUGAAUCGCGCAGAUCCGAUGAGGUUUUUUUUUGGGGGGGGGGAGUGUUGGAGUGUCUGAUUAUAAUUUCAUCAAAGUAAAUUCUGUAUUAAAAUUACUAAAUAAGCAAAUGCCGUUACAGUCCAUGAAACAUAGGAAGUAUAAGUAUGAGAAGAAAACAGUAAAUCAGAAAGCUGCACACAUAAAGCCAGUUGGCUGCACGCCAUUAUCUGCUGCUGGCUGCACUUCACUGCAUGCGCAAGGAAGUCCAACGUAAGUUACAUAAUUGGCUUUACGUGCCCCCCCCCCAAAAAAAAACCCCCUAAUCGGAUCUGCGAUUCACACAAGUCCCCC